UUUAACUUUCGCAGUGUUGAGAGCUCGAGCUGUCAUUGGUGAGCGGUCCCGCUGUCGUUUGCCUCCUCCUCCUCCUUUUUUAAAGUUUCACCUGCUUUUCACUGACUUCCUUUUGACUUUGAGUGAGGAGGAAGAUACUCCAAAAGGGAGAGGAGAAAGAGAGACAAAAAGAAAGAAAGAAAGAUUUUAACCAUGUGUUGUACUGGGAAGUGUUCCCGCCUGAUAGGCCUGAUCCUGCUGCCUUCAGCCUUCAUCUGCAUGAUCGCCAACCUGCUGCUGUUCUUCCCCGACGGGACGAGUCAGGAUAAUGACCACAUCUCCCUCCAGGUUUGGCUCAUGGGGGGGAUCAUCGGAGGAGGCCUCUUUAUGCUGUGCCCGAGCUGCUCAGCUAUCAGGGCCGGGGGCAAGGGUUGCUGUGGAACAGGUUGCUGUGGAAACCGUUGCAGGAUGCUGAACUCUGUGUUCUCCUCUGCUUUCGGCCUGGUCGGCGCGAUCUACUGCACCAGCGUUUCCUCAGCUGGUAUGGCUAUUGGACCAAAGUGUCUGGUGGAAAGUGGCAAAUGGGAAUAUCCCUUUGAAAACCUUGGCACGGGUAACAGCAGCUACCUCUUGGACCAGGAUAUCUGGUCAGUCUGCCUGGCCCCUAAGAAUGCAGUAAUGUGGCACGUCGUUCUGUUCUCCAUACUGUUGGGCAUGGGUGUGAUACAGACGGUGCUCUGUGGCAUCCAGGUGGUCAACGGCUGCUUGGGAUGCAUCUGUGGGGACUGUCGGGACAGCGAUGAUGAUGAUGGUGGAUUGUGAAAAUGGAGAAGAUCACCCGGUUGCACUUUCACGAGGUCCGAGACGCAUUUCUGCACUUCAUCUGUUCCACAAUUUUCACAUUCAGGGAAACUUCUCUAUGAAACUUUUUGAUGCUUUUGUUUCACAUCAAUUGUAGAGAGAAGUCUUACUUACCUUACUCCUAACUCCAUUAUUGUAUAAGAUUUUGUAUGUAUUGCCUGAUUUUAUUUGUUUUGGUUGAAUUUGUUGUUAAAAUAAUUGCUUGAUUAUGUAAUUUCCAUUCUGGAGUGUGCAGUGGAACCAAAUGUGAAUUAAACUGUAAAUGUAAAUAAUCCUUUUUGUUUCUUUUAUAUGCUUCCCAGCUUUUUAGCAGGCUGUAUAUCAGGUGUCUGUGACAUCACAACAGAAGCAAAUGAUACAGUAUAUUAAUUAUAUAAAAUUGUUAACUAUUUGAUGAAGUUUUAAUUCUUGGAUUUGUGCAUAACUUGUGUGACCUCUCAAGGGGAAGUCAAGUUAUUUCAAUUCUGUGUAACUGUCAACAUUAAAAACCUUUCUGACCAGCU